AUGGGCAUUUCUUCAUCUAAAGCAGCCCGUAAGCUACCUAAGGAAAAACCGUCAUGGGCAGGUUCUCGUACUCCAUUGAAACAAGACGGCGCUCAAGACAUACGACGUCCAAGACCACUGGCAUUUGAAAAUAAGACUGAUGCGGUCGAGAGCGAUGCCAAAGACCCCCAAUUCAUGUCCAAGCUAAGCCAGCUAGGCCCCGUACGCGUCGACCACCACAUGCGGUCUGUCCGAACAGUACGUCACCCGUCCAGUACCGAGUACCGCACUUACCAGGUAUUGGAUUCCUCACAGGCAGAAUCCGUUCAGCAGAUGCAUCGUUCUCGCCUUCAGUCUGAAGUGGAGGCUUUGCCGUUACAUUCUACCCGAAACCGCUUACUGGCCUCAUCGCUGAGCGAAUUACUCGAGUCCCGGAAAACAGUCAAGUCUCAAGCAGAACUUCAGGCCCUAGCAGAGCAGUACCAUAUCGAUGUUACCAAGCUGGACGAGCUCGCAAAGUUUGUCAACACACCCUCCAUCGACGAGAGCACCAUAGUAAGGAGCACGAAUCAAGAAGGGGAAGAAACUCUGACGAUGAUGGCUCGUUGGGUCGAUCCAAAAUUCAAAAUGUGA